AUGUCAGUAACUUUGCACACGAAUCUGGGCGAUAUCAAGUGUGAGAUCUUCUGUGACGAGGUUCCCAAGAGUGCUGAGAACUUUUUGGCUCUAUGUGCUAGUGGCUACUACGAUGGUACUAUAUUUCAUAGGAAUAUCAAAGGGUUCAUGAUUCAAGGAGGAGACCCAAAUGGGACUGGUAAAGGUGGAACUAGCAUUUGGGGCAAGAAAUUCAACGAUGAGAUACGAGAGUCCCUUAAGCACAAUGCAAGAGGGAUGCUGUCAAUGGCAAACAGUGGCCCAAACACCAAUGGAAGCCAGUUCUUCAUAACCUAUGCAAAACAACCACAUCUCAAUGGAUUAUACACCAUCUUUGGCAAAGUCAUUCAUGGCUUCGAAGUGCUUGACAUUAUGGAGAAGACUCAAACAGGACCCAGAGAUAGGCCGCUUGCCGAGAUAAGGCUAAACCGUGUGACGAUCCACGCCAAUCCCCUUGCUGGUUAA